AUGGAGCAGAUGCAAAAGCUCCGAAUUAGUCUAGUAUCGCUGGAUUGGCUGAGACCGAAGGAUCCGCGGAUUGCGCUUGGACAUGCGUCGAUCAAAGCUAAACUGACACAAAGCCAAUUCGCCGAGCGCUUGGACGUCAAGGAUCACUCCUUCAACGUCAAUCCAAGCCAAUCGCUUCCGGCAGACUUGCUGAGCACGGCUGAAGAAGCAGCUGAUGAGAUCUUGGCGAGCAAGCCGGAUCUUGUGGCAUUUGGUGGAUAUGUUUGGAACGAAUCUUAUGUACAAAAUAUUCACAAGAUCUUGGCGACUUCAAACCCGCGAAACACCUUCAACAUACUAAUGGGUCCGCAGACUUCCUAUGCUCCAAAAGGGACGCUCGAAUCAUUCUAUCCCUUCAGCGACAUCUUCAUCCGAGGCUAUGCAGAAGACGCAUUUCGCGACGUUGUCGAAAACAUGUUGCUACUUCGCAAUGAACGGAUUCGCGGAGUCCAUCAUGCGGGAGGGCACGACGAUGGUUCUAUGGCCAAUGUCGAUCUCAACGCCGCCCCAUCGCCAUUUACUGAAGUAAUCGACUUGAACAAGCACGAAUUUAUACGCUGGGAGACACAAAGAGGUUGUCCAUUCCGUUGCACAUUUUGUCAACAUCGCGACUCUUACCAGAAGCGAUCCUUAUUCAAUUUACCGAAGCGAAUUGCUGGAGAGAUCCACGAAAUCUGCUCAGAGCGAAGCGCUGUGCGCGAUAUCGCUGUUCUCGAUCCUACCUUCAACUCGGGACCGCACUACAUUUCGGUCAUCGAAGAGUUGACCCAACGUGGAUACGCAGGGCGCCUUGCACUGCAGUGUCGCUUCGAGAUGAUGCGGCCCGAGUUCGUUGAAGCCGUUCGGAGGCUUAUCACGGUCAACAAUGCGAAAGUCAUACUUGAGUUUGGGAUACAGACGAUCAUAAUGGCCGAAAUGAAGGAGAUUCAGCGCAUCAACAACCUGGAGAAGGUCAAGUUCUGGGCGGAGCAACUGCAUGCCGCGGAGAUUCCCUUCGAGAUCUCCCUCAUCUACGGUCGCCCACAUCAGACCGUCGAUACAUUCAAGAGGAGCAUCGAUUUCUGCCACGAACUGAAGCCAACUACCAUGUAUGCAUGGCCCCUGAUGCUACUUCGUGGCACAGAGUUAGAACGAAAGAAAGGGGUUCUCCAGUUGGAGGAAGGCGUGUUAGAGGAGGAAGGGGAGCAAAGAUUCGUGGAGAAGCAGCGGAUUCUAGGUGGAAUCCCGCAUGUUAUGAGCUCGCCAUCAUUCAGCAAGAAGGAAUGGUUUGAGAUGCGCGAUAUAGCCGCAAGUCUUAACCUUCAUGAGGAUUAUAUGUUGUACAUAAUCUGCUAUUCUUUGCAUGUUAUGAAUGUACGCCAAUACUUGCCUGUAGUCACCUUACGGUCAUACAUGCAUAAUCCCAUCGCAAUCCGCGUACGCAAACUCUCAGAAUAA